AUGAACUACUUUACACAAAACUACAAUGCUAUUGGUUGUAUUCCAAUCGGCACAGCACCCGAGAAGAAAAUACCAAUGUACAUUCAGAUGUUGGUGCCUAGCAACGACUCGGACGAUGAUGACAGAGUUAUCAUGGGUGAGCCUGCACUCUACACGAGAUCUCACUACGAGGCAAUAAUGAACAACUUCUCCACCAGAGACAUGGAGUGGUUCGCUGCCUUCUGUGGUCUAGGCGACAUUGCCGCCGAAGCAAAGUACCUAAAGUCUGUGGCAAAACAGAUGCUUGACAAUCCAGUCUCUAUUGAAUCUCUUUGCAAGUGGACCUUCAAGCCACCUUUUAUCAACGCGAAAUCAGGUUAUGAUGCAGGACACAAGCCAGGUACUCCACAGGACUCCAAAUGGUACAUUGCUAUGUUUGUUCAGGGUCCAAUGAAGCUGAUGGCUAUGAUGACUUGGGCUUCACAACCACUGUGCAAUUACAUUAUUGCGUCAAAGUACUUUGCCAACUUGGUGAUUCGAUUGGUUGACUUGGCAGGCAGAGUAAAGCCACCUUACAAAGACCUACAGAGAAUGGCGGUUCAAUCGCUGGCCGGCCUCUGCAAGGCCAGCCCGAAAAAGACAGUGGACGAGCUCAACAAGAGAACAUCACUGGUUAAGAUCCUCGAGGGACUCAAGACUGAGCAUUCCAACGUCGUACUCGCAGCGUUGAAGGGAAAGACUGCUGAACCUGCUCCAGUGGCUGCUGCUGCCCCAGCCGCCGCUGCGACUCCCGCUGCUGCUCCCACCUCAACCUCAACCACAACAUCAACUACAUCAACUACAUCAACUGCAGCAACUCCAGUGAUCACACCGGAAAUGUCAAAUGAGGAACGAAUCAAUAUUAGAUCAAACAUUUGUGCCAACUGUGGAGGCGAGGGUACCAACUACUGUGCCAGAUGUCUGGUCAGCCCCUAUUGCAGCAAGGAUUGUCAGAUCGCACAUUGGAGCAUUCACAGUCCAUUGUGUGUAGCGUUACCACCCAGUUAA